CCAUGGAGCAAACGGCAGCAAACACAAUAACACAGAGGGGCAGAGCCGCGGAAUAUUACACAGUUCCCAAAGUGGAAAGCGACCAGGAACUGCCCCAGGUAGCAGAUAAGAGGGGGUUGUUAAUCUGCUUGUCAGUUUGAUUGUCUGAGAAACUUUGCAUAAAUUGAUAAGAAUCAAAGCAAGAUUGGACGCCUGUUUGGCAGGGAACGUGAGGGGAUUUUGGGAGCAUGAUAUAAAGCUGCGGUACAAAGGAGUGCUCAGUGCAGGAGAAGUGACGGCCGGUACUGGAUGUAAUCGCCUUGCUUCCUCUUCUACACACACAGCAGCACAGCGGGUUUGCUCUGUUUUCCAAGAACGCAGUGAGAGGGUUAAUUCCACACUCCCAUUCAGUCCUGUUUUUAUUUCCUUUUCAUUCAAGAUUUAUUAAAGAUGUUGGCUCCCCUGCAAAAUGUUACUAUGCUCCCCUUCUCUCCCUGCUGUGAUGUCAGCACCAGCAGUGAUUCAGACUCGUCCAACUCGUUUGCUGCUGCUGACAUGGACCUGGAUGUCAUUGAAGAGUAUUUAAAUGAACAGAGAAGUGCGAGCACACACGUGGCUGAGGUCCAGCCCGAGCCAGGAGAGCGCUGCUGGAAUGAGGAAGAAACCCGGAGUAUAGAGAACAGCUGGUCUGGCCGGUUUCCCUACGAGUGGCAUCUUUACAGCACGCUUUCAAACCCCAGCUCUGAAUAUUGUGGGCAAGCGCAAGCCCCCGCCUGGCACAGCACUGCCAGCGUCGAGUGGGGCUGCUGCCAGUUUGGGUAUGAAGUGAGCCCAAGCAGCGAUUCAGACUCCCAGUCCAUGAUCUCUGCAUCCAAUGACAAUGACCUCCCCACCCUGGACAGAAGAGCAAAGAAAAUCAGCAGCAGCCCCCAGCUCUCGUCCCCCAUUGGUAAAAAGAAAGAGCGCCUCUUCCAGUUUCUCUAUGAGAUGCUCCAGACCCCGGAGAUGCGACCCUGUGUCUGGUGGGUUCAGUCUCACAGCGGCAGGUUUCAGUUCUCCUCACAGAACAAGGAGAAACUCGCCGAGAUGUGGGGGCGCAGGAAAGGCAAUCGGAAGACCAUGACUUACCAGAAGAUGGCCCGAGCGUUGAGGAAUUACUCCCGGAGCGGGGAGAUCUCGAAAGUGAAGAGGAAGCUCACCUACCAGUUCAGCGAUUUCAUUCUGAACAGACUACAGGGAGAGAUAAAAAGAGGGAGCAAGUGAUAGAGAGGACUGUCAGGGGAG